CACACAUUGUCCCGACUCCCGCACUUUUUCGACCACAUCAUGUCUGAAAACCGCCUGUUCCGGUUCCGAAGGCCGCAGUGGAUGAACAGCGCAAAUGCGCGUGCUGCAGGCGUUUACUCCGCUGGAGCUCUCUUCUCCCUGGGCUUCUUCUUCUUCAUCGAUGCCGCCGCCUAUUCGAGGUCGGCCAAGAACGGCUCUGAUGUGCACGUCAAUUUCGUGGACUGGAUCCCGGGAAUCUGCUCGGCUUUGGGCAUGCUGGUGAUCAACAGCAUCGAUAAGAGUCGGUUGACCGGAGACAGCUUCAGCUACAGUGGGAAUGGCGUGGCCUGGAAAGCAAGGCUGGUGCUCUUCAUGGGCUUUGCGCUGAUGGCUGGCGGGCUGGCCGGCAGUGUUACUGUCAUGGUAUUGAAGUACCUUGUUCCAGACUACGGGUUCCCGACCCUAUGGUUUGGCGUGGCCAAUGUCCUUGCCAAUUCUAUGAUCAUGCUGAGCUCGGCUGUCCUAUGGGUCGCUCAAAAUAUGGAAGACGAGUAUACCUAUAAUCUUGCCCUGUGACCAAUCUGGAAAUGUCCGCUUGGGUUGUCUAAUAGGGGGCUGGUACCGUUACGUGUACAGAUAACUGGCAUGGAGUAACAGGAGUCGUGUAUACCUUUGCUAGCGACAUAUGUCGGCGUUUGGCUUUGCGCGCUGGUCAUUAUAAAGAUUUACCGUUCAUUUCGAAUGAUACACGGUGACAUACAACGCCUUGAUAUUGAAAUCCGUGCUGUUCGAAUAAUUCGAUACGCUAUGAUCCUGAUCCAAACGCACUGCCAACUGGAACACCCGAUUUAAUCCAUAUAUGUAAUGUAACACUACAGU